AUGACAUGAAAUUUCUGCUUAUUUUAUUGAAAAUUAUACUAUUCAAAAAGUUGGUGCGUCAGUCGGAAAGUAAUUGAGCAAGAAACAGUGAUUGGCUAUGAGGUAGACACAUCAUCCAGAAAGUGUUUGAUUGAGAAUAAAGCUCAUGAGUCAUGAUGUGCAUCUUCUCCUAUUCAGCCAUGUGUCGUUUUAUCCACUGGCCCAUACUUUGGAAUCAGAAAAAGCACUAUCCAACUUGGAUCAAAUGGGACGGGAUGAGAUCGAAGAACAUCUUGUGGUGCACAUUAACCCCCCUUCCACGUAUAUAUAUUGGUACCAAUUUCUCUUAUCCCCUACCAUCUUUCUAGUUUCUCCCCCAAUUGACACAAAGAAGAAAGGACAUGGAAGCUUGUUUUCUCAACUCAAAUUCCUUCACCAAGACCCUAGAGCUUGUUCCCUCAAUCAAAGCUAGAUUUUGGGAUCACCCCACGAGAUAUGCUGCUAGGCAACAUAAGAGCAGGAAAUUUGCCCCUCCAUUUUCAGUAUCAUGUUGUCGUACGGAAUCGUCAUCCUGGUCAUCCCCAGAUGACAACAAUUCUUUUAUCAAUGCUGACUGGCGGUCGUUUAGAGCAAAACUGGUAGCGGCGGAUAGAGCAUCAAGGUCUGUAGAGCCUCCCUCGUACGUUGAUCCAGAUAGCGCGGUGGAUCAUCCUCCUCCGCCCAUCACAGUUGGAGACAAAUGGGCCCACACCAUCCACGAGCCAGAAAAGGGCUGCUUGCUGAUUGCCACCGAAAAGCUCGAUGGUGUCCACAUUUUUGAACGAACGGUUGUACUGGUCUUGUCAAUGGGGCCACUGGGUCCAUCCGGGAUCAUUCUGAAUCGACCGUCGCUUAUGUCGAUCAAGGAAACGAGAUCAACGGUGAUGGAUGUUGCAGGCACUUUCUCUGACAGGCCACUGUUCUUUGGAGGCCCUCUGGAGGAAAGCCUGUUUUUGGUGAACACCAAAUGUGGUGGUGGUGGUGAUGGGGUGGAGAAAAGUGGGGUUUUUGAGGAAGUAAUGAAGGGUUUGUAUUAUGGGAGUAAGGAGAGUGUGGGGUGUGCAGCUGAAAUGGUGAAGAGGAAUGUGGUUGGGGUUGGAGAGUUUAGGUUCUUUGAUGGGUAUUGUGGGUGGGAGAAGGAGCAGCUGAGGGAUGAAAUAAGAGGUGGAUAUUGGACAGUGGCAGCUUGUAGUCCAAGUGUAAUUGGGUUGGGUAGUGCUGUAGGUGUUGGGCUGUGGGAGGAGGUUCUUGGGCUUAUGGGCCCUAGAAAAGUUUGGUAACACCUACCAUUGAUAAUGGUUCUGUCACUCACAACUCACACCCCAAAAUAUGAGGGGUUGUCAUAAUUUAGGGACCCAUAAUUUAUUACUUUAGACAUAACUGGAUGGUUUGUUUUUGUGUAAAGAAGAAUGUGCAAUAUCAGUACCAAAUCGAUUGAGAUCUAGUCAAUUUGUUAUCUAAAUUGCAGUAUA